AUGCUGUGGCAUAUUGCUACUGGGAGAUCCCAGCAACGUCCAGUGUGGGAACGGAGCGAAGUCAGUGCCAAAAAGGAUCACCCGAGUCUGAAACAGCUCGGAGAGUGCUUUUUCUCCAAUGCAUUGAUUGAUCGAUUUGCCCAGAAAGUCAUCAGGUCUCGUGAGAUUGAGAACCCGGAUAUUUCAGCACAGCAGCUCAAGGACCAUUUUUGCCUUCGGCUAGUAGAUUUUCUACUGGGGACACGCAUAGAGGCGGAUCCCUCAUCUCGGCGUGAUUUGCGGGCGGCACUCAAGAACAAUCACGCUCACGGUCCAGCUGUCUGUACGCGCAUCUCUGCUACCCUCGAUCACUCCUGGGAGCCCGGUACGACGCCAGAAGACAACGAGAACGACAAAUCAGAUGUCAGCGACUUGGACUCCAUUGUGUCUCAAUUUGACCGUGCAUCCGACAACGACUAUGACCCGGACGAUGAUUCUGAGGAUGCCUUGUCUGAUACCUCGUCCGAAUCAGCGAGUUACGAACAGUGUCUGGAGACAAUGAGUGAUCUGGAUUGGGACGAAUACAGUGACAAAAGCGACGAUGACGACGAUGAAGAUGACGAAAACGACAGCCUCGCAUUGUUUCAUGCGUCUUGUUGCCAAAGGAACUACCAGAGAGUGCACGCCAUAUUCAUGAUCUGGGAUUUCCCCGGCUUCAUUCGCCUUCCGUGCUCCCCCUACACUGUCGAGCAGGAAAUGGAAGACCCAAUGGACUCCUUCAGGGCUUUCAACUACGACGUGGAGAAGUUUACCAUUCCUUCGCACAACUCAACUAUGGGACUUCUGGAGAGAAUCCGCAAGUACAGGAAGUCAUUGGUAUCUGGAAACUCGGAAACGUUGCUGAUCCUUUAG